AUGGAGACAGACGACAAAGCCGUUUCGUCGGAAACCAGUUCCAAUCUCAUAGAUCUUGAGCCCCCCAACGCCUCUAAAUCGAGUGAGAUUGUGGAAGCGACAUCGGCCACCAUAUCUGGCAAGGAGAAGGAUUCAUCAGCCGAAUCACCACCACAGGAGAAUGAGAACAAGGACAAGCUGAAGUCGGAUCAUGUCUCACCGCCCAAAACCCUUCCAUCGACACCCCCUCCGCCCGAGCCUCCAUCCCAUCACGAGAAACCAUAUCGAGACCCAACACCGAAGACUCCUGUUGUCUCUCGCCACCCGUCAGUUCGAGCCUUAGAAGCCGCUACUGGUGAAGAUGAAGAGGAGUACAACGAGAAAGGGUCCACCUAUAACCCAGAGGAUUCUGAGCGAACAUCUUAUCGCAAACCUACCAAGGACAAUGAGGCCGAGUCAGCGUCAGAAAUACAAAGUAUCAUGGAUCAGUUUGCAGAUGCCUCGAUUGCUCCGUCAAAGGAAGAGAUCAUGUCCCCUCGCCAUGAAAUGCCCAAUCCCAUCCUCAGCACCGGAGCUGGUUACCCACCAAGGCGAUCUAGCCUCGAGCAUCUAAGAAGAGAUAUGGAUAUAAUAGCCACAUCACCAGUCGUUCCCUCUUCAUCAAACGACAAGCCUCUACCAUCCCCUCCUUCGACCUCAGUCGACGAUCAAAGCAGCCCGCUCAAAUCUCCACCUCGAAACGCGGCGGCAGCCACAGCUGCACACGCUCUUCCUCUCCCUGAGCCCGAGCCCGAACUACCCUUCGACUUCCACCGUUUCCUCGAUCAACUGCGGCACAAAUCCGCCGACCCAGUUGCCAAGUUCCUCCGUUCGUUCUUGACCGAGUUCAGUAAAAAGCAGUGGAUGGUACAUGAGCAGGUCAAGAUCAUUAGUGAUUUUUUGACCUUCAUAACCAAUAAAAUGGCGUUGUGUGAAGUUUGGCGCGAGGUUUCAGACAACGAGUUCGAUAAUGCGAAGGAAGGCAUGGAAAAACUGGUCAUGAAUAGACUCUACUCGCAAACCUUCUCACCAGCCAUUCAGCCAUCUCAACCUGCACGGUCACGGUCGAGAGGACGAAGGAAAGAACAGCAGGAGAAGAACCACCCGAGCUGGAGGAAAGGCCAGCAUCAGGAAGAUGUCGAGAGAGAUGAGAUCUUAGCUCAAAAGAUUCGGAUCUACAGUUGGGUGCGUGAGGAGCAUCUCGAUUUGGUCUCUGUGGGGCCCAACGGCGAACGCUUUCUUCGUCUCGCGCAACAGGAAUUGUUGAAGAUCAAAGGCUAUCGCGCUCCAAGAGACAAAGUCAUCUGUGUCCUCAACUGCUGCAAAGUGAUUUUCGGUUACCUCAAAAACGCGAAGAGCUCUGACACAUCGGCCGACUCGUUCGUGCCGUUACUAAUAUUCGUGGUCCUACAGGCAAAUCCGGAGAACCUCGUCUCGAACAUCCAAUACAUUCUACGAUUCCGAAACCAAGACAAGCUUGGCGGCGAGGCUGGUUACUACCUAUCAUCACUCUCGGGCGCCAUACAAUUCAUCGAAGGCCUCGACCGCACAACUCUUACCGUAUCAGACGAAGAUUUCGAGCGCAAUGUCGAACAAGCUGUUUCCGAGAUCGCAGCGCAGAACCGCCAGGUCGAAGAGGCAGUGAGUCCACGCGCAUCAUUCCAGGAAAAAUCAACACUGGUGGAACCGGAGCUCACGCCGCGAAACUCCAUGGACGUGACGUCCACGAGUCCAAUACGCAGAGAUCCUCGUAGCAUGGCAGGCAGCUCCGAGGGCAAUUCCGACGACAGCGUAGUUGGACUGCUGCGGACGAUCCAGCGACCGCUGUCUACCAUCGGACGGAUUUUCUCCGACCAAGAUACCUCGCAGGAGAGACGACCGGCAUCAAGUCCCGCACCACCCGCAAAUGCAGCAAGGCUGAGCCCGGCAGUUUUCCAGCCGCCUCGCGGCGAGGCUGGCACCCCGUCCUACGACGCUCAGGAGGCAGCGGCGCGGCAAGCCAGUGCCGAAGUGGCUGAGGCACGUCGCAUACAGCGCGCCGAGCACAGGACUGUCGUUGAGACGCUGUGCGGCAUGUUCCCGAAUCUUGAUAGGGAAGUCAUUGACGAUGUUGUACGGCAGAAGGAAGGACGGGUCGGGCUGGCUGUCGAUGCGUGCUUGGCGUUGACGGCGGGUAGUUGA